AUGGGGGCUUUUAAGCACCUUCGGACAUUCUUUUGGGCACAUUACACCCUCUGUAUAGGCUGGCUCAGCGCACAGUCCCUCGCGGUGACAUUGCGCACUCUCGCAACCACCUACGACGGACCCCUACGCCUGUACGCCUUCACGACGCUUUCAUUUCUGCCAAGUUACUACCUCCCUAACGUUCCAAAAAAGCCUGACCUGCUUUGGCCGCUGUGCAGCGAUGCCCCAAGCGGCUCUGCCCAGCACCGAGGCGCCGCAAACGGUUCCUCAGGAGCAGCGUGGGACCUGCUACAUCUGCAGCAGCAUACUAGUGGCGGAACUUUGUUCCUUCGUACAGAGGGAGAAACGCAGCUUCCUGCGAUCACUGCAACUGAGGGAUGCAGCAAAGCAAAGCGUUCGUGGAAUUGGUCUAAACCUAGAGGAAGCGAGCUGCAUGCCGUUUGCAAUGCCUGUAGCGGCGGGUGGUUUCAUGAGGGAAAUUCGCCUGCCUUCAGCAGCGCCUCUGUGCUCAGCAAUUACCCUUUGUGUCGCUCUGAAAAUUAUCUUGCGUUCCGUCACCCGUUUAGUCCCUAUUCGGGUUCCCAUGCGUCUCCACGAGGAGACGAUGCACAAUGUAGUCUCGCCUCACAUGAGCGGAAGCUGUAUCCAAGAGAUAUCCACGCCUUCAAGGAGGCGCUGAGUCGGCUAGAUGAACGCUUUCUGGAAAUCGCCAAGGAGACAGCGUCACCUACGGCGAAAAAUGAGGAAAUACUGCAGAGCCUUAGCAUGCUUUGGAGACAAAGGCAUCUAGAGCAUCGCGAGGAGGAAGCGCAAAAGCAAAGCUUAGAGAGAAGAGCUAGCGCACCGCUUUACACAGCGGGAGAUGAGAAUAUUUUGGGACGCAGAGGUAGUAGCGCUUUCAGAGCAAGAGCGUACAAGACAGCAUUUGAAAUUAUUCACGGGUCACGGAUUCCGAUUUGUAAUAUUGCUGAAGUCCUCCUAUUGCUUCGGGAAGGUGGCCUGAUUCUCGGUGGCGAAGAAUUGAACAUAAUCAAGCGUGGCGCAUUCCGCUCUGCAGUGCUCCAGAAAAUUCACUUGGUGCUGUCUCAUGGCGUCGCUGGGCUUGUCAAAAAGUCGAGAAGUGUUGUUCGAGAGGGAGCCCUCCAAGACCUCAGCCAACUGCCCGGGGUAUCCCGACGCACCGCGGCUCUUUUGUUCGACAACUUCUUCGUAGACAGCGCACAGGCCCUGCGUGAACUUCUUGCUGAUGCGCAGAGCUCAGAAACGAGAAGGGGACCGGAUUCUGACAGCCGCGUGUCUCUUCCUGCACGAGUGGCAGAGGUCGCCGAGCCUUCUGAGGUCCCGCCGACUCCGGACGUCGCUGGAAUUGCAAAGCUCUUCCCAACGGUUCUCAGCAGGGCUUGUAUUAUCCACGCAGAUGCAUUUGGUGCCGCUAUGGACGCCACAGAAUUUGACGAGUGGCAGCAGCAGCUAUUGUUGGUAGUGCGCUGCCUAAGGGAUACACACGAACUCACUCCGUCUUUGCCUCUGGACUUCCCUACGGACGAGGGAAACGCUUACUCACGGCAAUCCGCGCCGCCGAAGUUCCAAGCUUUGCCGGUAACGUCACUUGGUGGAGGCAUUUUUCAUGGUGGGAACACGAAACUGACUCCGCUGUUACUGCAGGUGUCGCUUCUGCCUGGCUGGACUGAAGAGAAUGUUCUACCUCCAGCCCUCGAUCAUCUCGUCUGCUGCGGUGGUCACGGUGCACGACCCGACCAGAUAAACUGGGUACAGAGACAAUGGGACAAAGUGUCUGAGGCGUACGAAAUGAUGCGUCAAAAGCUCCACCGUAGCGUUGUAGAUGCUUUGAAACAACGUGGCCUAGUCACGGAAAUCAUUUGCGACAAUGCGAGGACAAAUACAACACACGCAGCCGGCCGGCUUCCGUGGCGCCAAGAAACCUACAGAUUGAUUAUUAUUCAAGCAGUCCCUCCUCGCGUUUUCCCAUUUGCCACUCUCGCUGCUCGAUGCUGCGCAUCCGUAUAUCGGUCGCUACAAAAUCGAGUACGCAAGCGCUGGGGCUACAGCCUGACGCCAAGAGGUUUGACAGCAUUUGUAGCAAGGAAACCAAGCACAGCUGCAAGUGCCGAGGAUCAAGUUAGGGCGUCAUCCUCUCUCAGCCAAACUCCCAAAGCAUUAGCAGGAGACGUCAGCGAUUCAGAAAGACCCAUUCUGGAGAGCUGUACUCACAGUCCAACCCUGGCAGAGCAGGCUUUAUGGGCUUUUGACGAACAAGGGGUCUUGCAACUGUUGCAGGAGCCACUGUCAAUGCAGGAAAGAGUGGGCAAAAUUUUGACGGGCCCGUAG